CUUUGCGAAUGCUUACUGGGAUGGUGGACUUCACUUCGAACCGCCGUAAACGACGACUAUGAGCGCUGUUACUCCCCGAAAGCCCGUGCAAAGUGACGUGCUGCCCGGCGCGAGCGCAGGACUUGGCCGUCCGCGCCGCCGCUGGCUGACUUCGCGACAUAUGAUCGGGCUCGCGCUCAUCGUAUCACUUGCACUGUGGACGAAGGGCGCGUACUUGAGCCAGGUAUGGCCCGUCGACUUGGGCGCGGCACCUGCGCGUUCGCGAUGCUCGGAGGAUAUCAUGCAAGCGGCCAAGUUUGACUGGGGUGCGGUUGUUCCGAGUUCGAAACUGGUUUGGCACAUCUGCGAGGACAACUACGAAUGCGCCCGGCUCUCCGUCCCGCUCGACUAUUCAAACCCAACCGGGAAGAUGGCCGCGAUCGCGCUCAUGAAGAUCCCGUCAAAGAUCGCGCCGGGCGCGGAGGGUUAUCGCGGACCCAUCCUGUUCAACCCAGGAGGGCCAGGCGGUUCUGGCGUGGACCUGAUCAAACGCGCAGGAGAGCAGUUCCAACAGAUCCUCGGAGACGACUACGACCUCAUUGGUUUUGACCCCCGAGGCAUCGGGGGCACCACGCCCGGCAUUGUCGUCUUUGACGACGAGGGCGCGAGCGUCGCCUGGCAACUCACGCGCGGGCCGGCACUCAAUGCCACUGACGAGGCCCUCGCACGAGCCUACGCCCGCGCGCGGAUCUUUGGCGACCUCGCUGAGAAGCGGAUCGGCGAGUUAGCGCAGUACGUGAGCACACCCAUGGUCGCGCGGGAUAUGUUCAGUAUCAUGCGGGCACACGGGCGAGAGAGGUUACUGUACUGGGGGUUCAGUUACGGCACUAUCUUGGGGAUUACCUAUGCGUCCAUGUUUCCUGACAACAUUGAUCGCAUGAUCGUGGACGGGAUAGGUGACAGCGAAAACUACAUGGAGGCGCUCUGGAACAACAGCCUCCGCGACACGGACAAGGCACUCGAUCAGUUCUACGCCGCCUGCGCCAACAGCACGUCCUGCGCCCUGCAUGAGCCAACCCCGAAAGCCGUCAAAUCACGAGUUGAUGCCCUCUUCGCCGAGCUCCGGAAGAACCCGAUCCCUGUGUCUCUCAACGACACUGAGUACGGCCUCAUCGAUUACACUCUUGCGCGCCAGGUCGUCUUCGACUGGCUCCGCAAGCCCUACCAAAAGACGCCCCUAAGUGCGCCCUCGCUCGCGUCCGCGCUCGCGGCGCUCGAACGCGGCGACGGCGCGGCGAUGUGGGCUGCACACGCACCAGAGUCCACAAUCAAGUGCGACUGUGCGCGGGACAGUCUGCCGACCAGAUUGCCGGGCGCGAAUCGGGAGACGACGCUGGCGAUUGCAUGCGGCGACGGGAAGCCGGUAGAGCACGAUCUAGAGGAGCUGCGCGCGUUUUACGAAGAGAUGGCGCACGACUCGAACUUUGCGGAGCUCUGGUCUGCCCAUUUGGAUUGCGCGGGAUGGAAGAUACAGUCAAAGGAGCAGUUCCAUGGUCCUUUCGCCGGCAACACCAGCUACCCGAUCCUUCUCAUUGGCAACACCGCCGACCCCGUCACGCCUCUCUGGAACGCUCACAAGAUGGCGAAGGGCUUCCCAGAUGCCGCCGUUCUGACGCAGAACUCUGCUGGCCAUUGCUCUCUCGCUGGCGCGUCGCUGUGCACGGCGAAGUACGUGCGAGACUACUUCCGCGAGGGGAAGUUGCCGCCUGCGGGGGCCGUAUGCGAGAUUGAGGAUGAGCUGUUCCCAUCGUCGGACGUCAAGCAGGCUGGAGAUAUGCUUGAUCGCGAUGAUAGGGUGUUGCUCGAUGCUGUGAGGGAGCUUAGCGACAAGUUCGAGGUACCUCGUCUGCAUUGACGGUUUUUCUUUGCGUAUACGCUGCGGCAUAACAAGGAUGUAGAGUACCUGAAGUGGAACGCGACUACGGCUAUCUUGUGCCUAUAUU